CUUUCUCCUUGUGUCUCAGUGAUUCUGGCUGUCUGUUUUUCUAGCUGUGACUUCUCUGUGUAGCUUUCUUUGUCCUCAUUUAUAUGUGUGUGCCUGUGACUCUGUCUCCAUCUCCGCCUUCAUCUCCAUCCUCAUCCCUGUGUAUCCGGGCUCCCCCAAGCACUGAAGGAGUUAACCUCCCUUGCUCCCCCCCAUCCCUUGCUCCCUCCCUUCCUCCCCCCUCUUCCUCUCUCCUCUCUCGCCUUCCCUUCUCAGCUCCUUGCUCCCUUGGCCGUGGCUGCCGCCUCCAAUCCCCCCUCCCCAUUCCCCCUUUCCCAGCUGCCAGGAGAGACCCCCCUAGCCCCUCUCUCAAGACCCCCCCCCCAUCCCAGUCUCUCCCACCUCUUUACCCCUCCCCCUCCUACCCAAGCUCAUGUCUCAGCCUCCGGCCCCUGGGGCUUCAAGCCCCUUGCGCCCCCACCCUUCCUGAGAUUGGGGUGGGCACCCCUAAGCCUUCUGCCUUCUAUUCGGGGGACCACCUUUUGGGGCCCUCACUUCCCCUCCCUCCCACGCUUUCCCUCCCUUUCUCUUUUCUCUCCCCCUCCCUCCCCUCCUCACCCCUCCCCCCACCCGGCCCCCCAAAAAAAGUGGGGUACGGAGGGGGGAGGGGGGAGAGCUGGCUGAGCGGGGAAUGAAACCCUAAUGAAGUCAGAGUCCCCCACACGCCACAGCGGCCAGCCCCCCAAACAUGGACUGUCUCUGUAUCGUGACAACCAAGAAAUACCGCUAUCAAGAUGAAGACACGCCCCCUCUGGAACACAGCCCGGCCCACCUUCCCAACCAGGCCAACUCUCCCCCCGUGAUUGUCAAUACAGAUACUCUUGAAGCCCCUGGAUAUGUAAACGGAACAGAAGGGGAGAUGGAGUAUGAGGAGAUCACAUUGGAAAGGGGUAACUCAGGCCUGGGCUUCAGCAUCGCAGGUGGCACCGACAACCCACACAUUGGCGAUGACCCAUCCAUUUUCAUCACCAAGAUCAUUCCUGGGGGGGCUGCAGCACAGGAUGGCCGACUCAGGGUCAAUGACAGCAUCCUGUUUGUCAAUGAGGUGGAUGUAAGGGAGGUAACACACUCAGCCGCUGUAGAAGCUCUGAAGGAAGCAGGCUCAAUAGUUCGUCUAUAUGUCAUGCGUCGAAAGCCUCCUGCUGAGAAGCUCAUGGAAAUCAAGCUCAUCAAGGGACCUAAAGGUCUCGGCUUCAGCAUAGCAGGUGGCGUGGGGAACCAGCACAUCCCUGGAGACAAUAGCAUCUAUGUGACAAAAAUCAUUGAGGGUGGGGCUGCCCACAAAGAUGGACGGCUACAGAUUGGGGACAAGAUCCUUGCUGUGAACAGUGUAGGACUGGAGGAUGUGAUGCAUGAGGAUGCAGUGGCUGCCCUGAAGAACACAUAUGAUGUUGUCUACUUGAAAGUGGCCAAGCCCAGUAACACCUAUCUGAGUGAUAGCUAUGCCCCUCCUGACAUUACCACUUCCUAUUCCCAGCACUUGGACAAUGAGAUCAGCCAUAGUAGCUACCUGGGCACCGAUUAUCCACCAGCCAUGACACCCACCUCCCCUCGUCGCUACUCUCCGGUGGCCAAGGAGCUUCUGGGAGAGGAGGACAUUCCUAGGGAGCCACGCCGGAUUGUGAUCCAUCGGGGCUCCACAGGCUUAGGAUUCAACAUUGUAGGGGGUGAAGAUGGUGAAGGCAUCUUUAUCUCCUUCAUUCUUGCUGGGGGUCCAGCAGACCUUAGUGGAGAACUGCGCAAGGGGGACCAGAUUCUCUCGGUCAAUGGUGUGGAUCUUCGAAAUGCUACCCAUGAACAGGCUGCUAUUGCACUAAAGAAUGCUGGCCAGACCGUCACUAUUAUUGCUCAGUACAAACCAGAAGAGUACAGUCGAUUUGAGGCCAAAAUCCAUGACUUGCGGGAACAGCUAAUGAACAGCAGCUUGGGUUCUGGGACAGCCUCUCUUCGGAGUAACCCCAAACGAGGCUUUUAUAUCAGGGCCCUGUUUGACUAUGACAAGACCAAGGAUUGUGGCUUCCUGAGCCAGGCCCUUAGUUUCCAUUUUGGAGAUGUAUUGCACGUGAUCGAUGCUGGUGAUGAAGAAUGGUGGCAGGCGAGACGUGUCCAGCCAGAUGGUGAGACUGAUGACAUUGGCUUCAUCCCUAGUAAACGGAGGGUUGAGCGCCGGGAAUGGUCAAGGUUAAAGGCUAAGGAUUGGGGUUCUAGUUCAGGAUCUCAAGGUCGAGAAGACACAGUCCUGAGCUAUGAGACAGUGACGCAGAUGGAAGUGCACUAUGCUCGCCCCAUUAUCAUUCUUGGCCCAACCAAGGACAGGGCUAAUGACGACCUCCUCUCCGAGUUCCCUGACAAAUUUGGAUCCUGUGUUCCCCAUACGACGCGGCCAAAGCGGGAGUAUGAGGUGGAUGGUCGGGAUUACCACUUUGUGUCAUCGAGAGAGAAAAUGGAGAAGGACAUCCAGGCUCACAAGUUCAUUGAGGCCGGCCAAUAUAACAGUCACCUCUAUGGGACCAGCGUCCAGUCUGUACGAGAGGUGGCUGAACAGGGAAAGCACUGUAUCCUUGACGUCUCGGCCAAUGCCGUGCGGCGGCUGCAGGCGGCCCACCUGCACCCUAUUGCCAUCUUCAUCAGACCUCGAUCCCUGGAGAACAUCCUAGAAAUUAACAAACGGAUAACAGAGGAUCAGGCCCGCAAAGCCUUUGACAGAGCCACCAAGCUGGAGCAGGAAUUCACAGAGUGUUUCUCAGCCAUUGUGGAGGGUGAAACCUUUGAGGAGAUCUACCACAAAGUAAAACGUAUCAUUGAGGAGCUAUCAGGGCCAUACAUUUGGGUCCCAGCCCGAGAGAGACUCUGAUUCCCUGUCUACCACUGCAGCCUGGACUCACCCGCCCUCCAAGGCCCCCCUCAACCUGGACUCACCUGUCCAAGCCCUUCUCCUCUUAUUUAUUUCCUUUAUGACCCAACCCAGAUGGGGGGGACUUCUCUGCAUGUGCCCCGCCCCCCUGAGCUGGGUGCCUGGGUCCUAGGAGCACAGAGAAGCUAGGGGAGCUGGACACUUGGAUUCCUGAUCCAGAAACCUCUCUCCUAAAAAUCCCACUCGCCCACCCCACACACCCCAGGACCUGGAACACCUCAGCCAUCCCUUCCUGCUUUUCCUCCCCCCUUCACAUUCCAGAAUGCAAGGGGACUAGCACUUGCUGGAGCAACCCAGGCUUGGGGCAUGAGGGGCCACUGGGCUCUGCCUUCUCAGCUGAGGGAGAGGCUGGAGCUCAACUACAUCCCAAUUUCCCCCAUUCCCUUGAUUUCUCUCAAAUUUCUUUUUUUUUUCUGUUCUCUAUUUUUUUCUUCUCAAAGGUGGUUUAUUUUUUUGGGAAGGAUGUUGGGGGCAGUUACAUAGACCCUCCCCCCACUACCUUCCCCAUGAAUUUCCCCCUUUUUCUUGCUGGUUUGCAUGAGUGGAAGGUCUAAAUGUGGCUUUUUUCUGGGAUUUUUUGGGGAAGGGGGAGGGACAGGGGCUGGGGUAUGGGGAUUAUGGGAGGGGGUGGGGAGAGGGAAAAGGGGGGGUGGGCCUUGGGGAGCUGGGGAAGAUUAGAUAUGCUGCUGCCUUCUGCAAUUUAUUUUUUUUUGAGAGAGCGAAAGGAAGAGACAGAUACUUGAAAA